UUUAUUACCGUAUUUGUUUACAGGAAGCACGUGUGUUUAAGCAUUGUUGACACUGUUUACAUUUAGAAAUGAACAUCAAUCCUUAAAAUGGGGAAACCUAGAAAAACACACCGACAACCUAGAUUUCAAUAUGACAGAAAUAGAUCAAAAGAAUGGAAGAAUUCAAAGAAACUACCUACAAUCGAAUGUAAACAAAUUAAGAAAGCAUGGAUUAAAAAUAAGUCUGUUGAACAGAAUAUGAGAUUAAUGGGUCUAUCCAGUGACCCAAAUAUCACAUUAAAAGUGCCAAGCAUCAAGCAAAUGCUCGACAAUGAAAAUAAGAAAACACAAAAGAAAGAGAAGAACAUAAAACAAACAACAACAGUUAUUAAAGAAUUGGAAGAAGAAGCCAGUAUACCUCCUGCUAAAACUUUACAGUUGUCAGAACCUCUGGUCAGAUAUUGUGUGUGCAUGUUAGAAUCAUACGGAGAAGAUUAUAAGGCUAUGGCAAAGGACAGGAAGAAUUAUUAUCAAGAUACGCCAAAACAGAUUAAAAGAAAGAUAAAUUCAUUUAAAAACACACCAGACGUCGUGCAGCAAGUAGACAAUGAAUCAACUCCAGAAAAAGUUGUAGUGGACAUGGCUGCCAGGACAAGGAAACCUACCAGAAAAUAUAUUGCUAAAAGAAGAAAUGGUCACUACACAUCUCCAGCGGUUAAGGCAACAAAAACAUGUUCUAGUGAAGUACCUUUGCAUAAAGUAAAGAGAAAAUUACACUUUGGAAGAAAGCCACCAAUACAGAGAGAGAAAGCUAAUAAUUCAAAGAAAAACAGAGAAAGAUCACAGUCACCUACAAAGAAGCAGACGUUUGGAAAGGUAGCUGUUAAAAGAAAGAAAAUUUCUAAAGAACUAUUGGAUCUGUUGGACAUGGCAGAUCACUUUAUAUACUCAGAAAAACUCAGAUCCAAAAAUCUGAAACGUCCUUGUCAUGGAGACCAUGGAAUCCCACAGGGUACCUAUAAGUUACAUUCCUCUCAUGAGGUCACUAACCUCAGUCCAGGAAGACAGAACUAGAGAAAGAUUGCAAACAACAGUAUUUUUUUUAAUUAGAGAGAACUAAAAGAAAGAUUGCAAAUAACAGUAUUUUAUAAAGUAGAGAGAACUAAAAGAAAGAGUGCAAAAAGCAGUAUUUCACAGAGAAGAAAGAACAAAAAAUUAAGAAUUAAAACUUUUAAAAUGUGUUUGAUACUGAUUCAAGUUAAAUGCUAUGAAUUUUAAAGACAUAAUAUUUGGUUAAUGUAAAACGAUCUAAUAGUCAUUUAGUAUUGAUUGAAAUAGUUAGGAAAUAUGUGAAAAAGAAGGCACAUGUCAAACAUAUUAAUAAUUUGUAUGCUUAUUACAUUUAUCAAUUUGAUCAUGGGAAAUUAUCCAGUUUAAUAUCUCAUUAAUAAUACAUUAAAUACAUUAAAUUGGUUACUUUUACCUUUAUACCUGAGAAUUUUUACAACUGCUUUGAAAGAACAUUUUAAGAGUCACUUUUCAUAGUUCUGUAUAUUUAAACAUAUAUAUUUGAGGUUAAAUUGCCUUUUUUCUUCUGUAAAUUUUAUCAUUUGUUAAAGUUGAACUGUUCCUAACUUUUGAUUAUUUGAUUUUCCUGAAGAAUAAGUUUUCAAGCCUUUUACUACUAAGUUUUUUUUUUAUAUUUAGCAUAAAAGUAGAGAGCAUUAUUUCUAUUAAAAAAAGGGGUAGGAUUCGGACAUUUUUGAAGAGGGGUUACAAGAGAUUUAUUUGUUUUUUAAAACCUAUUUUUAUAAAUAUAGAAAAAUCAAUAUAUAUAUAUAUA